AUGUCCUUUCGCAGCAUAGUCCGCGAUGUUAGGGAAAGCUUUGGUAGCUUAUCAAGACGGAGCUUUGAGGUCAGGAUUUCCGGUUUGCCUGGUCUGUCUGGUCAUCAUAGAGGGAAAUCUGUUGGAUCUCUGAGCGACAGACCUGUAGUAGUUGAUCAAAGCAGGUGGGUUGGUCUUCCUCCUGAAUUGCUCCGAGAUGUAAUGAAAAGGCUUGAGGAAGGGGAGAGCAAUUGGCCAUCCCGAAAAAAUGUUGUUGCUUGUGCAGCAGUCUGUGGAACAUGGAGAGAGAUAUGCAAGGAUAUAGUGCUGAGUCCGGAGUUUUGCGGGAAGCUCACUUUUCCAGUAUCACUUAAACAGCCGGGACCAAGAGAUGGAAUAAUCCAGUGUUUUAUAAAAAGGGACAAAUCAACGUCAACUUAUUAUCUUUACCUAUGUCUUAGCCCUGCUGUCCUCAGCGAGGAUGGGAAAUUUCUGCUAGCAGCUAAGAGGAAUCGCCAUACAACAUAUACUGAGUACAUCAUUUCUGUGGAUCGUAAAAAUAUAUCACGAUCAAGUAAUGGCUAUGAUGGAAAAAUGAGGUCAAAUUUUCUUGGCACUAAAUUCAUCGUGUAUGACACUCAAACACCACACAAUGCUGGUAGCCUUGUCUCGUGUGAGCGCGGGAGCCGCAGAAUCUCCUCUAGGAGGGUUUCCCCCAAAGUACCCACUGCUAGCUACCCCAUUGCCCGGGUGAACUAUGAGCUAAACCUGCUUGGCACAAGGGGGCCCAGGCGUAUGAAUUGCACGAUGCAUUCCAUCCCAGCCUCAGCGCUAGACCCUGAAGGCAUGGUGCCUGGCCAGCCCAAGCAGCUCUUCAUCCCUGGCUCAUCUUCCUUUGGAGAAUCCUUUCGCAGUGCAAACACCUCGUCCAGCUCAAGGUUCUCGGUUACAGACCGCUCCUUGGACUUCAGCUCCUCGCGCUUCUCAGAGAUAAGCGGAUUGGCUCAGCAAGAUGAGGACAGUGGCCAGGGUAAGGAGAGGCCUUUGGUUCUCCGCAAUAAGGAACCAAGGUGGCACGAGCAGCUGCAGUGUUGGUGCCUCAACUUCCGUGGUCGGGUGACCGUGGCUUCUGUGAAGAACUUCCAGUUGAUAGCUGCACCACAACUAGAUUCUGAAUCGUCACAGCAAGCUCAGCAGCAAACCCAGCCUUCGAAUUCAUCUUCAGCAUCGGAUCAUGACAAAGUGAUCCUGCAGUUUGGUAAGGUUGCCAAGGACAUGUUCACGAUGGACUACCGGUACCCGCUCUCGGCAUUCCAGGCCUUCACCAUCUGUUUGACCAGCUUCGACAGCAAGCUGGCUUGUGAAUAG